AUGUUCGAAUGUUUCAGUAGCAAUGACAUCGAACCUGUAGACGAGUACGAUCAGAUUCCAUUUGGCCUCAAAUGGCGCAUGCACUGGGGCAAGAAAGAGACGGAUCCCGCUACAGGCGAGGCGGUGCUCAGGCUGAGCAACACCAAGAUUCUCAAGACACACUGCAUAAACACCGAGUACCAGGCUCUCAAGCUCAUAGAUCGCCACACGUCAGUUCCCUGUUACAAAGUGCUCGCCGUGUACAAUAGACCCGAGGGCAAGGUGGUCGAAUAUGAGGCAUACCCGGGAAAACCUCUAGAACAAGCGUGGCCUGGGAUGUCGGCACAUCAGAAGAACAAAGUCAUAGCCGACCUAGGUCGAUUCGUCGAGCAGCUGCGGAAAAUGCAACCACCCAAACAAUGCGUGGUCGGGGAUGCUACGUUGGGCGCUGCACUCGAUCAUCGAUUUGGCUCGGGCAGGAUAGGUCCCUUUUUCUCCAUCGCAGCGUUUCAAGAGUUUGAGAGAAGAGGGCACAAGCCGCAAGAUUUCCCCGAAAGUGAGGUGCAGAAGGUGCAUGUGCCCCCGAAGCCCUACUCGCUCAAGUUCACGCAUGCCAAUCUCUGCCCCAAGAACAUCCUGGUCGACGAGGCUGGAAGAAUAGUGGCGCUGAUCGGUUGGGAGUCGUCUGGGUGGUAUCCGGAAUAUUGGGAGUACACGCAGAUGUGUCACGCUACGCCGAAGACGAUGGGCGAUUGGCUCGAUGCCAUGUGUCAAGUCGUGCCUCGAUAUGACCAAGAAUUGAUUUGCGAGGAAGCUUUACGGGCGAGAUAUAGUGGAUCAGUCUAUGACUUACCACGGAGUAUACGAGCCCCAAGUCCAUCGCCAAGUGAAUUGAAUGCCGAACAACGGGAAAUCGACGAUAAGAACACCGAAUCUACAAGCGGAUGA